GGAUCACCACUGUCCUGACCAUGACAACCAUCAACACCCAUUUAAGAGAGACUCUGCCCAAGAUCCCCUACGUCAAAGCUAUAGACAUGUACCUGAUGGGCUGCUUUGUGUUUGUCUUCCUGGCUCUGCUGGAAUAUGCCUUCGUCAACUACAUCUUCUUUGGAAGAGGUCCUCAGAUGCAGAAGAAGCUUGCUGAGAAGGCACAGAAGGCAAAUGACCGGGAAAAAUUUGAUAGACCCAAGGUGGACUCCCAGGGGAACAUUUUGCUGACAACCUUGGAGAUCCACAACGAGGUGGGAGGAAACGAGAUCACAACCACUGUGAGCGAGACCCUCAACUCCACCUCCAUGGUGUUCGACAACUCGGGCAUCCAGUAUAGGAAGGCGAGCGGGCCGCGCGAGUCGGGCCGCCUCAGCCUGGACAGGAGCGCACACCUUAAGAAAACCCGUCUGCGGAGACGAUCCUCACAGCUCAAAAUCAAAAUCCCAGACCUCACUGAUGUGAACGCUAUUGACAGAUUGUCACGGAUAAUAUUCCCAUUCAGCUUCUCUCUAUUCAACUUAAUCUACUGGCUUUACUACGUCAAUUAAUGCGCUGAUGUUUUUUAAACCCACCUCUGUCUCAUUUUUGAUUUUCGAAUGAGAGAAGACUUUGUUGUGAAAGGAACAUAUUAUGGUCAAAUCCUCAUGAACUUUUUUUUUAUCAUAGCAAGUGCAGACUUUGAUGACAAAACUAUCACUCAGACAGUGUGCAUCUGUUAUAUGCACAGACACAAGGGAUUAUCUACAGAACAUGUAUUUUACAAAGACUUGUGUGGACUGUAAAUUACUCUCUGCUCUGACCCCUGUGAAGACCUGGGACACUGUAUCUCAAGGGUAGAGCUACUGACUCUUUGCUGUGUUUACAGUACACUGCUUUAGGUCAGUUAUUAAAACUGUACCCAGAAUUUCAGUAUAAGAUGUGGUCACUGUAAUACAACUUAUUGCUAAUGACAAAACAGCUGACAAAGACAAAUAUGAACAAAUAUGCUCAUAUAAACACAGGCCAAGCUCUGAUCUGGACAUUAUAUGCAAUGAAACCAACUUAAAGGAAUGUUUCAGUCUGUUGGGAUAUAAACAUAUUAGCUUUCUUGCCAUGAGUUAGAUGAGAGGACUGAUCCCACUCUCAUGUAUGUACGCUAAAUGUUGAGGCUAUAGCCAGCAGCCAGUUAGCUAAGCUUAACAGCUAUUUCCUAAAAUCUCAAACUAUUACUUUAAUGUGCAUUCAAGUCGAGUUAUUAGCAAGAGAGAGACUAAUGGAAUCCAUGCCAGCAUUAUAUAAAGAUGUCAUUCUGUCAUUCACUGCCAUAAUUUCAAGGAAUUUGUUUGGGCCUUUUGGGAAGUAUGCUUAUUUACUUUCUUGCUGAGAUUUAGAUGAGAAGAUCAAUACCACUAAGUCAGUUAUCUUAGCCUAGCAUAAAGACUGGAAACAGCUAACCAGGCUAUGUCCAGGUGAAAAUGACCCUCCUACCAGCACAUCUAACGCUCACUAAUUAACACAUUUAAUCCCAUUUGUUUAAUCCAUACAUGAAUAGACAUGGAAAAUUGACACUUUUACAUGCUGUAACUAUUUCUGCCGGACACAGACAUUUCCACAACUUGCUGUUUUCGCAUUUGUGUGUGUGUGUGUGUCUGGAUUAAGGACGUUUGUUUUGUUUGUUGUUCGGACAGAAUUAGCUAGCUGUUUCCUGUCUUUGCACUAAGCUAGCUCGACUGGCUGCUGCCUGUAUCUUUAUAUUGAGCAUACAGACGUAAGAGUGGUCCCAAUUUUUUCAUCUAGCUCUCGACAAGACAGAAUGAGUAUUUCCCAAAAUAUCUGUUCUUCUUUAACAUUAAGAAUUACCCAUUUGCUAUUGCUUUUCAGUAUUCAAAAAGCAUGCCAUAAACCCAACAGCAAUGUAUGUGUCACAUGACAGUAGAAAAAGGCUUUUACAGUAAACAAUAUCUGAUCUGUUUACACUAUUUCACUAUUUUGUCAUUGUGUUGUCAGCACUGUCACAAUAUUUUAUUGAUUUUGUGAAGCACGUAUUCAAUACAAAUAGUUCACAUGGCCUUUUUUUCCUUUCAUACUGCAUGUUGUAUUGGGGACUGAGUGCAGACUCAUUUCUGUAGACAUCUCAUGUUCAGAUUUCUUAAUUCUCCAUGAAAUGAAAUGUACAUACUGUGACUCUGCAUAUUUUCUUUCAGUUCACAAUAAUUACAUGGCUUUAUUGUCAACAGUGUUUUGCUCAGUGAUUUCUGGCCUCGCUGUUUGGUUUUGUUAGUCUUUACACAACAUUAUCAUUUCCUAUUUGUGUGGUAAAUAUAAAACACAAUGGUA